AUGCUUUGGAGCACAUCUACAUCAUUAUCAUCACUCUCCUUUACAUCUUCAAUCUCACCUCAUUACAGAUCAAUCAGUUGUCCUCAUUACACAACUUUGUCAACUCCUCCACCAAAGGACCAACCAACAACUACAACAGCCUCAACUCAAGCACAGUCACAGUCACAAUCACCUGCUGGAUCAAUCCCCAAUGACAAGUCAAACAAUGUCAAUGUUACUGGAGCCCCAGAGCAAGUUCAAACAAAGUCAGAGGAUGGUCAACAUCAACAGGAGGGUCAACAACAAGAGUCACAACCAAAGUCAAGACUGCCUACCUAUGCAUUGCUCUGGGUGAUUGGUUCGUUUGGUAUCGCAUUGCUCACAGAGUCUGGCAACGCUAUACACAGGACAAGGGAGGAUCUAUUAUCAACGGCCAAUAGGAUGAUUGAUUACCUGUUCUCAAUGUCACUCAAGGGUGAGCUACCAUUCUUUAUGAAUACUAUAAUGCAGAAUAUGUUCAUUCAGUUGCUGGAACGUAUUUAUGACUUGAGGACUGAUCUGCAGACCGAGGACAAUCUAUGCAAGUUGGCCGAUACCAUCCAAUUCCUUUGUUCACGCUACAAAGAAGAGAUUGACAACAUCACCGAGCACUUUCUCAACAAUGAACAAGAUCACACUGUCGAUCAGAAUGGCGUACACUAUGGCAUAAUCUAUGAGUGCUCCCUACUCAUCACAACUCUCUCCCAAGGAUUCAAGGACAAGAAUGGCGAGGUGAUCAAGAAGAUGGCCAGUGUGGCCAUAUCACCAGAUACACCGUAUCCAGUUAGGAUAUCAAUGGCCAGAUCAUUGUCUAUUAUGGCUGAGGAAGAGGAGAAUAGACAACAUUUGUUGGAGGCUGGCGCCACAUCACUAUUCUACUUCUACUACAUCAACAAGAAUAUUUACAAACAUGAUUAUAACUUGGCCAUUCAAUAUAUGUUACAACAUCUUCAAUCUCAAGCCAGUAGCCCUACUUCAAAGAAUGACAUCAACUCAGUGAUCGACCAACUCAAGACGACAACUGAUGAGGACAAGAAGUUGAUCAAAUACUUGGUCAAACAACCAAACUUCCCGAUUGGACCUCUUGGAAUGUUCACGCUCAAGUACUACGUUCAACUAAUUGAUGUCGCCACAGUCUUCCUUUACUCUGGCAUUCGAGGCAUGAGCUUGUCGACAGCAUUGUUGACUACAGCUACAGUGGCACCAGUAUCAAUCGCGUUUGAUCCAUUGGGCAAACAGUAUAAUAUUGCAUUGUCUAGACUGGAGUCACAGAGUUCGAGGAUAUUGUUCAAAGGUGUAGUGUUCUCCACACUGUUUGUACCAAUGGCAUUGGCCAACCGAUUUGUACCAUUUUGGAAGGGAUCAUUAGUUGCACCAGCCUUUAUCCUACUCUACCAACUAUUCCUAUCUGGUAACUUCAACAUCAAAUCAUCCAACGAAAUGUACAGAAGUCCACCAUCAGUCGAUAUUACAAAGUUGGACAUAUGA